UGACUACAUAUUAAAAGUUAGGCAUUGAUAUUAUUCCUUCCAGAUUGGGAGUCUGUGGGUGUUGACCAGUAAAACAUGGCCAUGUUUAUUGGUCUUCUCUUGGAGUUUGGGAAUCUGUGGGUGAACAUUAAAACAUGAGCAUGUUUAUUGGGCAUCUCUUGGAUCAUUCCGGGAGAACUUAACUAUUAUAUUAUUAUUAUUAUUAUUACUAUUAUUAUUAUUUAUCAUCAUCAUUAUUUAAUAUGGAUGUCAGGACAAUUAAUUUAGGGGACUGUAUAUAACCUUAAUAUAACUUUUUUGGCAGGCAGGCCUACUCUGCUUUCGUUUCGUUCACUACACUGCCUCUCUCUCUCUCUCCUUUGGCAUCGGCUGUGGGCUUCGCCUUCGGCGAUGACGGCCCCCAACAUCGAGACGAUCGCCGCCUCGCUGAGGAGCUGUUCGUUGGGGGGAGGCGGACAAGCCGAGCAGUCGCUGCCGCGGCCGCACCUCGUGGGGGCCAGCGGCGAGAGCAAUGAGGGGAUCACGGCGGAGUUGAACUCGGACGCCGCCCUCCCGUACCACCUUGACAUGCUGUUUUCAGUGUGCUUGGGAUUUUGCAGAUCAAUCAAUAAAGCCUCCCAUCUCAUCACUCGUUAUCAUUUGGCCAAAUGAUCCCAAAUACCUAGCUGAGAGAUGACAAAUCAUCGACGAUCGUGGUUGAAGUUGGAAGAACUUUCUCAGCCGUGCAACACCUGACGCAGUACCAGGUAGGGUUAGCGACAAUGAAGAAGAGUUCUGGGUCCAGCAUGAAGGAUAAAAGCCUCUUAGAGUAGCCAAGGAGACUGCCUACAGAAAACUCAAUACAAUUCAUGAUGUGCUUCGAUGGCAUGCAUCCUUUAAGAGACUGUAGGCAAGUCAUCCUUGGCUUGACAAAGACACUCUUAUCCUCAUGGAAGACCCUUCUUCUGCUCCACAAUUUCAUAUAACAUAUUCUCUUGAUCUUCUCGGAUCAGUUUUCUGCAACUACACAAUCCUGUGCACAAAAAGAGAGACAUCAAGUUAGCAAUAUCUUCCUAGUUUAAUCCUUGGGAACAGUUCUAGUUGACAAGAGAUACAUUGACCUUGUUAGGUCUUUCAAGUUGGCAGGAGAUGACUUUAUCCAAGUCACAAGGAUUAGCAACUUGCUCAAAGUUGGAAAAGGACUCCAAAUCUUUCUGGAAAAAAUGUGUAUCUUCAUGAACUUUUUGUCUUGUCAUGCCUGGUGGCUAUACCAUUGGAAUCCAAUAGAUAUCAAUGAUAUCCACCACUUGCUCCCUCCAAAUUGCGUGACCCUUUGUGCAGGUUCUUACUGUUUAUUCUGAAGAGACGAGCACUUAGCCUGCAUUACUCUGUCCCAAAUCUUAACCCAAUCAAUCGAAGCAUACAUGGCACCUGAUAGCUUAGACAUUAAAGCUUUCAUUCGAUGGAUUGGAGUCAUUGAACAGCAACACCACAGUCACUGCUCUGUUACACAGCUUUCAACAUUGGGCUUAGCUUUGUCUAUGCCCUGUCAAGAGCAAUUUCCAGGUGAACCAGUGAUCAGAACACUGACAGGUGUUUGCAGAGUAAUAUAUGGGAGGAAGAAAGAGCAGAAGGUGGUCACAUCUUUGAAAGUAAUGCAUGCUGCAUGAGUACUAGAUUCUGUAAUUAAUAUGUCAGUCUUUAUCACUUCAUAUCUCCAUAAGCACAUGCAACUGUGUCUUCCACUAAAGAGCAUCGAGUCUUGGAAAUUCUUCUUAAACAGUUGCUCACUUUAUUCUCUUAUAUGCUGCAAAGAUCUGGAAAUGCUUUUUCUGUGAAUGAUUGCCAGACUGACAGUGGUUUCAAUCAGGUGAAUAUAAUUCCAGGGUCAUUUGUGAGCUGUUCAUCUGAAUGAAUCUUGCCUGUUGUUUGUUCAUGCAGGCAAAAAGCCAUACUUUAGCCUGAGUGAAACCAGAAUCUACAUCCACAUGAUCAGGCAUCAAGUCAUGCCAAAAUCUUCUCUCUCUGCAACUUCAUGGUAAGAUCAUUACAUUAAUGUUGGCCAUGUGCUAAUCAUAUUUUACUGGCAGCUUAAUUAUUGGAAGGUACCUCUUAUACCCCUCCAAAAUAGUUUUUUUAAUAUGUGCAGUACAUGUUAAGCAAAUCAAGGUAUAUAUAUAAUUUUCUAGUCCAUGAAUUAUAUAUACUCUUAUAUACAUGCAUACUUGUCCUAAUGUUCUAUGUAUUAGCAUCUUAUGAGUUAGAAAUCUCUGCCUUUUGAUUUAUUCUCAUAAUCAUGUCUCAUCUCUCUCUUGAGCCAACUCAAGAUGUCAAACUCUCGUCUAUUCCACGAGAAUCUCUCUCUAUUAUCUUUGUUUUCUUACCUUUGCAGAUCUUUCUCUUCACUUGCCACAACAAUUGAUGUUUGCCCUGCCACCAGCUUCCUGCAAGUUGACUGACUUCAUGAGAAGAAGCAGUAACAAUUAACGCACAAAAUAUUUCUCCUACCAUCAUUGGCUCUCCUGCAUUAGUUGGUGGACACUGCAUUUUCUCCAGCAAAUUCCCAACGUUUGUUCAUGAAUGGAUGCCGAAAUAAUGUCACCAAAAUCGUAUACUGUGGAAGCAUAAUCGGUGGGUCAAAAUCACAUUUCCCAAAGUCAACACAAAAUGGCAUCCUCCUUUCCACGGGUCAACGAGCCACGCCACCGUGACAUCCACGUCAAAGCCAAAAAGGCUUAAAAGAAACGCACCGCCGAGUUUAAUCACCCGAUUGGUGAUGUGCACGUGGGACCCAUUCACCCGGCGUCGUCGAGUCUUUUAAGAAGUGGAUGGAAAGAUGACGGCGACUCCUUGCCUCCGCUUUACACCGGCUUUGAUUCCUUCGCUUCUUUUGGCUUUCGGUUUGGAUUCCACUGUGAACACUGUGACUUGCGGCUGCUAUUCGUCCUUUCGCUGCUUUCCCGAUGUGCCCCCGUGUUGCUGCCACCAUGGAGGCUGCGCUCCCCGCCGACGAUGGUGACGAGCUCCCCCGCUGUCGCCACCUCCUCGCCUCCCUUUCCGCCGCCGCUUCCGCCGCCCAGUCGUUCCGCGGCCUCUGGUCCUCCGUCGCCGCCGCAGUCUCCCGCCUGUCCGCGGCCCUCGACGGCCUCGCCGCCCACCCCCCUAACCCCCUCGCCUCGGACCUUCUUCGCUCCCUCGCCCUGACACUCGCCCCAGCCCUCGCCCUCGCCAUCCGCUGCCGUUCCCCUGACCCUCCCGCCGCCAGGCUCCGCACCCAGAGCGAUAUCGCGGCCGCUUCCGCCGCCCUCCACCAGCUAGCCGCCGACGCCGACGUCCUGCUCGGCUCUGGCGCCCUCCUCGACCCGCCGUCGCCGCCGCUGGAGGCAGCGGGUGGGAGCUCCCGCCUCGAGUCCGUCCGGGCGGAGGCCAGAAGCCUCGUGACCCGCCUCCAGAUCGGGAGUUCCGCUUCGAGGAUCGCUGCCUUGGAUUCUCUGCUCGACCUGCUUCGCGAGGACGACAAGAACGUCGUAGUCGCCGCCGCCAGCGGGUUGGUGCCGGCGCUGGUCCGUCUCCUCGACUCCGCCGCUGGCUCCGCUUCCUGCCACGAGACGAGGGAGAAAGCCGCGGCGGCGAUCGCGAGGAUCUCGGCCGUGCAGAGCUGCCGCCAUCUCCUGCUGGCGGAAGGCCCGCCCCUCCUCAAUCACCUCUCCCGCGUCCUGGAGUCCGAGGGAGGCGCCGCAAAGGAGAAGGCCUGCGUGGCCCUCCAAACCCUAACGCUAACUUGGGAAAACGCGGUCAUCAUCGGGUCCCGCGGCGGGAUCGCAGCCCUCCUUGGGAUCUGCCGCUCAGGAACGCCCUCCGCCCAGGCCACCGCAGCCGCAGUGCUGAAGAACCUCGCAAUGGUUCAAGAACUCCGGCAGAACUUCAUGGAAGAGAACGGUGUCCCCGUCCUCAUUAGGGUUUUGGCCUUCGGGACCCCUCUUGCCCAAGCGAACGCUGUCGGUUGCCUCUGUAAUCUAUCAGCCGGCGAAGAAUCGCAGAGCAUAAAGCUAUCUAUCUUCAAAGAAGGCGCUUUGGAAUGCCUAAAGAACCACUGGGAAGCAAGCGGCAGCGGAGAUGGUCAAAACCUCGAGGCUGCAAUCGGCUUACUAGGAAAUCUGGCAUCUUUUAGGUACAUUGCUGAGAUCGUUGCCACCGCUGGUUUGCUUCCUCGUGUCAUCUCUGCACUGGAGAACAGCCAGCCAGGAACAAGAACAGAGGCAGCCAAGGCAGUCGCUGAAUUGGGUUCGGUCAUAGGGAGGACGAGGAAGGAAUUCGGGGAUGCGGUGCCUCUACUGGUUCGCAUGUUGGAAGCCAAAACUGGGGAGGAGAAGGAAGCUGCCACGAGGGCUUUGGCUUCUCUGAUGUCAUUCCCGGAGUACCAAAGAUUACUGAGGAAGGAGGAGAAGGGGAUUGUUAAUGUGGUUCAGCUCCUUGAUCCUUUAGUUCGUGAUUUGGAUAAGAGGUAUGCGAUAUCGGUAUUGGCAUUGAUUUCGCAGUCGAGCAAAUGCAGGAAGCAGAUGGUGGCUGCAGGAGCUUGCGGGUACCUUCAGAGACUAGUGGGGAUGGAGGUGGAUGGUGCAAAGAAGCUUCUUGAGAACUUGGGAAGGGGAAAGAUACUGGGAGUGUUUCCAAGAACAUAAGCUCACAGAGCCAGCAAGAAGGAUUCUAAGUUUAAAGGGUGCUGCUCCCUGAUCUGUAUGUAACAUUAACACUAUCUCAGUAAUUGUUUUCUUCAACCUUUCGGUAGAUGAUUUUGUCCCGAUAUCGUGGUGUACAUGCUUUCGAUCGUUGAGUUCUUGAUGAGGUUGUUGGUAUGUGAGUAGAGAUAGAGAACAACCAAUCCCAUGUUCAAAUUUUCAGUACUUUUAAUAGUCAAUGUCUACAUUAUAUUUCUAA